CUCUCUCUCCUCACAAAUACACCAAUAAAACACUCUCUCUCUCUCUCUCUCCUCUCUCUCUCUCUCUCUCUCUCUCUCUCUCUCUCUUCUCUCUUGUCUGCAAAACAGAACAUGAGCGGCGGUGGGGAGACUAGGGUUUCAAUCCCAGACAAUGUAAAGCUCACGAUCCAGAACAUAAGGGAUAUGACCGGGAAGCAGCAUAGCGACGAUGAAAUCUACGCCGUGCUCAGGGAGUGCUCUAUGGAUCCCAACGAGACCGCGCAAAAGCUCUUGUAUUUAGAUACCUUUCAUGAGGUCAAAAGCAGAAAAGAUCGGAGAAAGGAGAACUCGAAGGGCAGAGCAUCUGAAGAUUCUAAAAUGCCACCAGGCACACAGAAGCGAGUUUCUAGGGGUGGUGGCCAAGGGAAUUAUUCUUCUUACUUUUCUUCUGAUGCCGGUGGUGGGAGGAAUUAUUUUGCUCGGAGGGAAAAUGGGGCCAAUAACUUUGCAGAUAGAGGUCCCAUGUCCUCUCCUGUUAAGCCAGUUCAGAAAACAAAAAAUACUGCUGCAGCUCCAGGCACUAAAGCUUCAACCGGCGCACCAAAUGGGCUAAAGAACCUACCAAAUGGGAACUCUACUCAUGGUGACUCCCCCAAAUCCCCUAUGGGUGUUGACAACAAUGUUCGUGAAGGAUUUGCAGCUAUAGUUGCAAAGAAGUCAGGGGAUGCAGCACCUUGUCCUGCUGUUGGAGCAUCUACACCUACCUUUGGUUCACUGGAUGAUGAAAAGUCUGUGUCAAUACCUAACCAGCCCCCAGUUUCUGCCACACUAGACUCUGCUUCAACCAUUCCGUCUGCUUCAGAUCCUGCUAUGUCAAAUCAUACUCAAGGAACCAAAAAAGGUUCUGGUAAUGCUGUUGGUUUGGAGUUGUCCAAGAGUGAAAAAACCACCCCAAGCUCUGUUAAUUCUGUGCAAAAUGGAAAGACUUCAAUUGAUUCCAAGGUGGCUGAAAACAAUGGGGGUAUUACGCCUUCACAACCCAAUUUACCGUCAAAUCAUGGUGUUUCCAUGGCCCUGAUGCCUUAUAAUAGUGAUACACAGUCGCAAAUGCCUUCUAAUGGUGAUAAACAGUCGCAAAAUCCUUCUUUUCCUGCCAAAGUGGCCUUACCGGAGGUUGCAACAAAUGCUGUUGAAGCUACUCCUCAACUGCCUCGUGACUCGAGAAUCUCAGUUGCAAAACAUGUUACUUUCCCAAAUCAUAUCCAAGUGCCUGAAGCUUUGAAAAAUGUAUUGACCUUUGGAAGUAUCGAUGCUCCUUUUGGAGUGAGAGUAGACUCUGAUAAGGGUACUGGUGGUGAUAAUUUCUCAAUGGGUGCUGUUGAGUCUUCCCAGGAUACUGAUGAUACUGCUAAAGAACCUUCUCAUAGCAAUGAUAUUGUAUCCUCUCGUGCUCAAGGAGAUUUUUCUGAAAAUCCAGUGUCUUUAGCUAAUGCACUUGAAAAAUUACCACCGUUGGAUAAUGUAUCUUCAAGUACAAACUCAAAAGUUGAUCUGCUGAAGCAGGAAUUGCAGUUGCCACAAGAAGGUUACCAGAACCCAACUGCUUUAAAUGCCCCAAGCUAUAAUCUGGGUAUCUUUCCGUCAAUGCUGGGGAGCCAGCUUUUACAAGUGGAAGGACACAAUAAUCCAGCGCAUGAAACACCCCGCCUUCCGAGCUUUGUUGGUGGCAAUCCUGCCACUGUGCCUAGCCCGAACUCAACUCCACCACUGCCAAGCGCGGCAGCUGUCUCUCAGCAGUCCAUUCCUAUGUACAGGCAGACUUAUCCCCCUAAUUUCUACCCAUACGGCCACUAUCUCCCUCCAUAUUAUAUGCCACAUAUGCAGCAAUUCUUAAGUCACAACGGCGGCUUUGCUCAGCCUUCAACUGGGAAUGUAUUUCUACCACAGCCGCCACCACCAGGGGCAGCUGCUUCUGGUGUUAAGUAUUCUCUUUCGCAUCUCAAGCCUGGUACCAAUGCUGGACAUCCGACUCAAUACAGUUUUCAAUCUGGUGGUCCAUUUAUCACCACCGCUGGCAGUUAUGCUUCGGGCCCAACAGUUUCAUCUGGAAACUCGGUUGGUAAUGAGGAUCAUGGAGCAUCUCAACUGAAGGAAAAUCAUAUCUACACAACUGGACAGCCGACAGAAGGCUCAGCUGUUUGGAUACCUGCUCCAGGACAAGAUAUGUCCGGCUUGCAGAUGAGUUCCAUGUACAACCUUACUCAGGGGCCGCGCCUCACCUUCUCACCUAUGCAGGCUGGUCACGGUGGCAUGCCUGGGAUGUAUCCACCGGGGCAAACAAUUACUUCUCCGACAUUUCUGCAACAACAGUCUCCAGCUGUUGCAGGAGCUGCUGAAACGAUAGGACCCCAGUCCGCUCCGUAUCACCAGGCUCAACAUACGCAGACAAAUUGGAAUUAGGUACCUUUACAUUUGGCAAACAAUUCAUCCUCCGAGGAUCAAGUUAAACUGGUUAUAUCUGACAAGUGGCAUGUUUUGAGUGUAUAUAUGAAAUGCUGCCCAGAAAUUUUUGGAAUAUCAUCAUGACCAUCUGAAGUUGAAAGAAGAUAGGUUUCAUCGUCUUUUUCGUCUUUGUCGUCUUUUUUCUUAGCCUUUUUUUUAAUAAAUUUUAAUUCAAAAAGUAAAAUUUGAUGGGAAAAUUGAGUCUUUAGCUUAUGGAACUUAGUAAAAUGUUGUAGGAAAAACUGAGGAGGAUGAUAGUGUUUAGAGGUGGGUGGGAUGUACCCAUUUUUCCUUUCUGAUUGUCUCACCUGUAUAUUAUUAUGAUAGCGAGAAAAUGUCGAAUUAUACGAUUGUAAUUGGUAUAUUGAGAAUUGGCUUCUCUGUUUACUUUCAUCUUACAAUCGUCUUUCGCUUUUACAA